AAAAGAAUCCUUGGAAGGGUUUUUGGCGAACCUGAGGCGAAAGCUCUUCAAGUUCUUACUUUCUUCUUCCUCUCUGUUCACAGUUCCAUAUCAGAUUUUUCCAAUGGGAAGUAACGCCGCUGCAGUCGAGAAAACGGAGGAGGAUCUUCGCAAGGAGAUCGAUGAGCUUCAACGUCAACAACGGGAGAUUACUGAACGGCUUCGUGAUCCUCGUGGACUCCGGAGGGGAGGAUUUCCGGGACCUGGGCCUAGAAACUUCGCCGCUAAUGGACCUCGUCGGGGCUUUGUUCGACCUGCGGAAAGGAACGAUGCUGAAGACCAGCCACCUGCUAAGAGGCGGCUAUCGUCUGCUGUUGUUAAGCAAUCUUUCUUAGUNAUUAAUGAAGAAGCUGAAGGAAAGGAUGCAGUGAAGGAUACAUCUCUGGAAGAAACGUCUGGAAGUGAUGCAGCCUACCAGAACGAUGGGAAACAAGAUCAUUUGCGGCAGAGUAGUUCAUUAAGAUUGGAUGGAAAUAAAAGAACAGCUAGGAUGGAUUUCGAUGUUCCACCUGCAGAGCAUGUUCCAAGGAUAUUGCCUAAGAACGAGGAUCCUAGCUUAGUUAGCAGGAACAAGAGAAUGCUGGGUCAGCUUUUGGGAACGCUAGAGAGAUUCAGGAAAGAAGACAAGCAACUUUCAGGAACUGAAGCUUUCAUGAGAAGAACAGAUUCCUUACAAAGAGCUGAGCAAAGAGCACGAGAGGAAAGUGAAAGAUUGAGGCAGCAAGAGCGUGAGCAAAUUGCAGAGAAACGCAAGAGAGAUCUGAUGCUCAGAGCUCGCGUGGCUGCCAAGGCAGAAGAAAAGAAGUUGGAAUUACUUUUCCUUCGAUGGAGCGAGCACCAUAAGAAACUGUGCAAUUUUAUAAGGACAAAGACAGAACCUUCAAUUUAUUACUUGCCAAAUAAACCAUUGGACGACGACGCAACCUCGGCCGAGCAGCGAAGAGAGGAGGCUUUUAUGGAGUGGAAAGCCUCCAGAAUGGAGGAGCUAUCUGAGUAUCAGAAACAGAUAGGAGAACAGUAUAUUGCUAAUGUUGAGAAGGACUUGGAGAGGUGGCAAAAUGCAAGGAGAGCAAGAAAAGGAAACAACGACGUAUCGAAUUUGCAGGAAACAAUGGACAAAGAAUUGGACACCCAUAGACUUGAGCAUGGUCCAAAGAAAAGGAACAUCCCUGGUGGUAGCAACAACGAGGACGAAGAUGAUGUGGAAGAUAUUAACGUUGGGGAGGACGACAUGAUAGACGACGUACUCGGUGUCGAAGAUAAUGGGCGCAGGGGCGAGGAAACAGCAAAACCCGAAGCUGAUGCUGAUGUUGCUAGUCCGAAAGCUGCUGAUAAUACUGUGGAGUAGAAGUAAGUAGUACCUAUUUGAUUUCAUGCAGUAGUCCUUACUUUGUUUGUGUUUGUUUGUAUCUGCCAUGAUUUGUCUUAAUAGUUUUGUUCUUCUUGCCUUUUAAAUUAUUGUUUGUGUUUCUAAAUCUUACCAAUGGACUCCACACACUCUUUCAUUCUACUU